AUGUGCACAUGCUGCUGUGGACCAAAGGAGUCCAGAGGAAAACUACCAGAUGAUUUCCUAUCUUCUUUCCCAAUGUCGAAGAAGCGAAGUCAAAUGAACUCGGAAGACAUGGAAUUGGAAUUUCGUGACGGCUACGUGCAGCGAAAAGAUUCAGCGAAAACCAAAUUCUCAACAGUUGUUUCGUACAUCGAAGCACGGCGAGAAAGUCUUUGGUCCCUGCGAACAGACGGUGAACCAUCGAUACCGGCUGAAGUAAAGGAGCAGAAGGAGCCAAAGGAGCAGACUGCAGCAGAGCAGACAACAACAACCACAAAGAAAUCCGACCAGCUGCAGAAGACCCCAUCCGUAGAGUCGAUAAAA